AUGAACAGCCUGGGAGAAGACAAUGAGGACAAAAAGCUGGUUCAUCAGACCCCUCAAACUUUUUGGACAGAAAGACGAUGGGACCCUGAGACUCCACUGGCCGCGAACGGGACCCCAGCCCUCGUGCCCCGCAACUUCUCGCUCGACCUGCGGACCCCCUUGGCGCCUCCGCCCGCGCCCGGCCCCGCGGUCCGCGGCCCCGCCGCCCCGGCAGGCGCCAGCGCGGACCCUCCGGACAGCCCCGGAGCCCGCGGGCGCAGGCGGCGGUGUCCUGCGGGCGGGUGCGACUCGCUCCCGGCGUCGGCAGGCCAGCCCCAGCGCGCGGGGAGCGGCCCGGAGCGCCCCGUUUCUCACAGACCCCAACAUGGCGUCGGCCGCCGCCCGCGACGACGACACCUCCCCGCGCCGCAGACGGCCCGGGGACCGCGGGGGAAGCGCCAGAAAGUUUCGCUUCUCCUCUCCCGGCCCGCGAGGGACCGACGCACAACCAGCCUCGGGCUUCACCUACCCAGGCGGGCACGGGCGGCGACGGCGGCGGCGAAGGUCCGACUCUUCCUCGUCCCGGGCGCCGGGCGCGGACUCUGCCCGCUCGUCCGCCCCAGCCUCCCAGGGUGUGUGCAGACAGCGGCCCCGCGCAGCCGGCGCGAUCCGGACGCGGCGGGCGGGCGGGCAGGCGGCCGGCCGGCACCGCCGCUCGCAGGUGACUCCCCCGCCCCUCCAGUCGAACCCCACAACGGCCGCUUGGGCUGGUCUCUCCCCUGCGCGUGCACGAGCGCGCCGCCGCCCACACGCCAGGCGCGAGCACUCGGGCACGAGCACACCCACAAGGCUCACUCCCCGCCCUUUCUUGCUUGUUCCCUCGCCCCGCCCGUGCGGCCCCUCGCGACGCGCUCGAGGGGGAGGGGCCUCAGCGAAGGCCACACCCACCUAGGCCGUGGGGAUGGAGAGGAGGUUCCUCCGCUCACUCUGUGGACUCGCGCACUGGCAUCUGUUGGGUGCGCGUGGGACGUUUCACCUGGAGUUCCUGGCUCUUGGCAAUCCUUUGGCAAGGAUUGUUCAUCUCAUUACGAGUGUUUUUUCGGAAGAAUGGAAGGAAGCAACUGUUAAGCGCGCUGGUGGGUACGUGGAGAGAUACCAAGCUGUCCGAAAUGGCCAAGGAAUGGGGAAAGGGGACUGCAUACUCCACACAAAAAGUGUGUAGAGCCGCCAGCACCCAAGCUGCGUGUAAAUGAGCACUCACCAAGGAACAGGAGGAGCAGGUCCUGUUUCUGAUCCGCUUUUUAUCUGGGAUUCUACCUCUUCUAGGUCUUCGGCUCCCAUCCUCCCCUAUUUCAAUGUCUCAGAAACAAUUUUUUUUUUAAAUUAGUAACUAGAAAAAAACUAGCAAGGAUGAACUUUUUUAAACAGGGAAACUUACAGUAUCCCCAUCACACAAAUCUUCACAUGUGUUAUAGUUGUCUCUGUAGACAAGGACAAUGUUCACGGGACACUUGUUUGAACCAUUACCCUACCGGCACCUUCUUUCAGCCUCUGCCCUCUACAUGCAAAGCAACAUUUCAUCAGUGAAAAAAGGUAGGCUUGAUCACCCAAAAUCUUUUUAAAUUUUGAGGUUAGGAGUUGCUAUGUCUAGCCUACAGCAAUUGUCACCGAACAUUUUUGGUCACUCAUUCAUCAGUAAAAAUGUUUGCCCACACUCCCCUCCCAAUAUACUUACUUUAUCCUAAAAGGCGUGGACUUAGAAGCCAAAAGGACUAUAAUGAAAGCAUCUACCUCCCAUAUCAUUAUGAAGAUUAAAUGAGUUAAUAUUUGUAAAGCAUGGU